UGCCCCCAGGAUAGUCGAGCAUCUCUCCCCACCAGGCAGACUCCAACGCAGUUCGCCGCGUCGGAUUCUAGCUGGGUCCUUAGAGACCACCUAGCCCCGCCCCUCCUUGGCUGCCGUGAAAACCCGGCAGGAUGGAUCGCCCGGGGCCAGGCUCCACGAGCCCCGGACGGACCGUGCACGUUUGGGGUUACCGGGCCGAGUAGAAAGUACGGAACGGUAAGAAGCUGCAACUCAGCGAGUGGGCGGAGCGAGGAGACCUAGGAGGGUUCAAAAGGAGGUGGAAGGAUACGCGGGCCACAGUCGGAACUACUUUUCGAAGGAGGUCACGUGUGUUCCUAGUUGGGUAACUUUCCAAAUUCCCACUCCCCAGUGAUACCUCCGGAGGCAACUACUCUUCCUUUGCUCGGGGUCCUCUCGCCUGGUGCAGGCAGCGGGAGCCCAGCCUUUCCCUCGCCGCGGCGGAAACAGGGGUUCGGACUAGCCUCCCGAAGAAGCGCUGUCGGGGCUGGCACUUGGGGAGCUGAUUACACAAGCACCCACAUACAAACACGUGCCCCCUGCCUCCCGCCUGCUGGCUGCCGCCGAUUCUUACGGAACGCGGGGAGAAAGUCCCCAAGCUGGUCCCUUGCCUGCUACUCCUUGCCUGCUACCCUAAGAGCAAGCCAAAUGACCGAGACCUGAGACUCUUUGCUCUAGGUCGACCUACACUGCACCUUCCCAAACGUGGGAAAAGGAGCUGGGCGCUAGGGGUCUCGGUCCUCUGCCUGGCUGAUGCCCUGCCCCUUAGGACAAACCCUUUGCUUCUGGGCUCGCGGGUAUCUCCUGCUGCGGCCCGGAGCUUGCAUUCUCCGAUGUUGCAACAGACCUCCAGUCAUUACCCCUGAGCUGGUGAGCGCGCCCCACCUACUGUAGACUCAGCUAAGUGACUUAUCUGGUCUGAGAACCUACUCCAUGGCGGUCAGCCCAGAACAAACCUGUCAAGUCUGCUUACAGCCCCGAUUGGACUGACCUGUCGCCGUGAAAGAGCUGGUUCAAAAAUGCUGAGAAUUGGAUCGCACUCAUUUUACCUCGCACCGCACCAGUCAAGGACUACAAAGCAAGUAGUCGCUUAAAGAGAAUGAGCAUCAACACCAGUCUGGGAUUUUAUUGUUUUUUCAUUUCCCUUAGGAAGUAGAACUCCAAACGACAAUGUGAGUCAUAAAAUAUCUAACGAGACCUAGGUUGAAGAACAGAAUUGUUUUUCAAAAUUUGAGAGAAUGCGAAUCAAUCUGCAUGUGUGUUCAGUAAUUGUGAGUAGGUGCCUAGGAAAGUCUGAAGAGGAUUUAUGCUGUAUUUGAGAAAGAGGACUGUAUAAUGUGCACGCAGUAGUUGCAGGCAACCUCUGAAAGCUAGACACCCCAAGAGACCUAGCGCAGAAGGCCAUAGGCCAUUACCUAACUCCGGGACUACUAAUUAAACCUGGACCAUUUACAGUGUUCUUAGAGAUCUGUGAGGCUCCAUAAAACUUUGCACUUAUAUACAGCAUUUAAGAUAGCUCUGCAGGAGUUCACAACCUGCUGAAGCUUCGGGGUUGAUAUUUAUCGCGAAGGUCGGUUUUGUGCAUAGUUUUGGUCAGCUUGGGAAAGCCAAGGACCACAGUGAAAAAGGAAAUGGAAAGCAACCAGAAAAGAAUAAGAGAAAGGCCUCUAGUUGGUUUCCAAAGAUGCAGAUUCUGUCCACACAGCCUAGAGUGAACUACAGAUUUCAUUAUUUUACAAAUAACCAAGGAUAAGGAGUUCAUGAUGUCUAGGUGUUCUACUAGAUUGCAUGGUAAAAAACAGAGCUGUGCUUAUCAACUAGCGUGUGGUAGAAAAAGGGGAAAUGAAGACGAACCUUUAAAAGGGGAGUAGAUUAGGGAAGGGUAAAAUGUCUCACAUUUGUUUCUCAGGUUGCUGAUCUUGUCCCCAGAGUCCCUGUUAUUAGCUUUGCCCUACCCUGCCUCUCCCCUCAAGCCUACCCUAAGUGACAAUUAGUAUCAUAGCAUUUGAGAACCUCUGAAAUCUGCUUUCAUGGAAGAAAAUGAAACAAGGUGUAUUCCUAUUCCUGGUGUGAGAGGAUCCUCUUCAAUUCCAUGGCAGAGUUACUCUGGAGCAGAGAGGAUCUGUAUCACCAGCACUAAAGUGCUGGAAUAUAAGACUAUCCUAUAAGUAUUUCCAUCUGGCUAAAGAAAAAAAUGGGAAAUGGUUUGCUGCUUCUGUAAACAUCAGGUCCCUCUAUUUCUCUCUAGUGGUAUAUGAAAGGAUCAUCAAUGUUGGCAGAUAUUUGGCCAUCCUGACAGCAACAUCAGGUGGUUAUUAGAAGUUGCUGAAUAAAAUCCUCCUCCUGUA